AUGAAUAGCUGCCGUGGUCACCGUGUUAUCUCACUUGAACAUUCUUUCCAGUCACCUGAUCCCCAAGAGCGUCUUCUCGUCUCAGCUGUAUCGAUAACUCUCCCCUUGAAAGUCUUCGUGGGAAAGAAAAAAAUGAAUAAAGAAAACGAAGUCCUAAAAGAUCUGGUGAGGGCAGACUUGGCUAAUUCCACUGCUGCCUCAAAUCUUGCCUUCAAUGAGAAGGUAAAGGCAAUGAUAAAAUCGGGAAGGAAUGUUUACCACUUUGCAUUCGGCCAGUCUCCGUUCCCCAUUCCGCCCUGUUUAGUGAAGGCCAUGCAAGAGUAUGCUCAUGUGCACGAUUAUUUACCCAUGACAGGCAUUCUUGAACUCCGAGAAGAGCUGGUCAACUUCCACGCCCGCUACGACCACCUCGCCCUAGACGUAGACAGCAUGGUGGUUGGACCAGGCAGUAAAGAACUCAUUUACCUGACCAUGGCAACUUUUAGCGGAGAAAUCCUGCUUCCCGCACCCGCCUGGACGACCUACGCCCCCCAGGCUCGACUCGCGGGGAAGGAGACCAGGAUCCUGCAGACGGACCGCGCCAGGGGAUGGAAACUGACGCCGGAGGUUCUGGAGGAGGCGGGGCAGCGGGGGACGUCGAGGAAACUGCUCAUCUUGACUAAUCCGGGGAAUCCGACUGGGACUUGUUACAAGGAGGAGGAGUUGAAGGCGCUCAGCUCUGUCUGUCGCCGCUACGGAAUCCUUGUCCUGAGCGACGAAAUUUACGCCCGACUCACCUUCGAUAGAAAAUAUUCGUCCAUGGUGAAGUGGUAUCCCGAAGGCACUAUUCUGACGUCAGGCUUCAGCAAAUGGGCGUCGGCAGGAGGGUGGAGGCUCGGGUACGCCCACUUCCCCCCCGCCACUAGGCCGCUCAUGGAGGCCGUCAGGAAUGGGGCUUCCCACACCUACUCCUGUGCUCCGGCGCCCAUGCAGUAUGGCGUGGCGAAGGCGCUGCGAGACCAUAAGGAGGAGCUCGACCGAUACAUGACCGACUGCAGCAGGAUCCUGGGGGCGGUAGGGAGCUUCUGCCACAGAGAACUGUCCAGCGUGGGCGUGGGCGGGUGUGAGAGUGAAGCUGGCUACUACUUCAUGCCAGACUUCGAGAUAGUCCGAGAGGGCCUGCGUGCUCGAGGGAUGUCCACGGGAGACCACAUGUCCAAAUCGAUGUUGGAGGAAGCUGAUGUGGCCGUAAUGUCCGCCCACGCUUUCCUACGCCCGCCGGAGGAGUUCACGACCCGCUUUUGCUUCGUGUGUUUCGAUGGUUCGAACGCCCUCGAGAUCGCUCAGGGAAUGCCAGCGUCCCAACCCCUUGGCGAUGACUUCGUUCGCCAGUAUUGCUCUCCGGUCGUCGAGGGGGUUGAGCGGUUGAAGUCUUGGGUUUUGAAACAUACUGUUUGAGAUGGAUGUCGGGCUUGCAGUUAGCCAGGGUAGUAAAUAAAGGACUAAUAUUUAAAAAAAAAAAUAUUGGGGUUGCAGUUAGCCAGGGUAGUAUAUAUAAGGACAUAAUGAAAAAAAUGGGGUUUGGACUUUUCUUCUUCUUUUUCUUCUUGUUCUGCUUUUGUUGUUUUUUAUGUAAGGUUAUUUUAUUGAGGUUUCUUUUUGGGGGGAGGUCUAUCUGAUCGGUUUUGUCUCUCUCUCUCUCUCUCUCUCUCUCUCUCUCUCUCUCUCUCUCUCUCUCUCUCUCUCUCUCUCUCUCUCUCUCUCUCUCUCUCUC